GAUUGGUACAAGCUGAAGUAUGGCCAUCGGAAAUAAAAAGACUAAACAACAAAAAAGAGGUGGAAAAAAGAUCUAAGCUAGUCGGCCUACAGCUUUAUAUGGACGAACACGGCUUAAUAAGAAUAGGAGGAAGAUUAAAUCAUUCAGCACUGCCGUAUGAAAUAAGACAUCCAUUGAUACUUCCAGCUAAUCAUCACUUUACAAAGUUAAUAAUUCUAGAUCGACAUCGAAAACUAUUCCACGCGGGAGUUAACGCUACGCUGGCAUCAGUUAAAGAAGAAUUUUGGCCGAUCCACGCUAAAAAUGAAGUAAAGAAGCAACUAAAAGCGUGUGUGACAUGUCGCAAGGCCAAUCCUACCCCGAAUCUCAGGUUGAUGGGACAGCUACCGGACGCGCGAGUGAAUACGUCUAGACCAUUUUCAAAAGUGGGAGUCGACUAUUGCGGACCGGUCUUCGUUUGUGAUAGAGUAAGGCGAAACAGUAAGCAGUAUAAGUCACACGUGGCAAUAUUCAUAUGUAUGGCAACAAAAGCGGUACAUAUCAAACUAGUAGAGGAUAUGACAACGGAGGCCUUUCUGGGAACACUAAAACGAUUUAUAGCUGGAAGAGGUCGACCGUCGGACAUAUAUUCUGGCAACGGGCGCAAUUUUGUGGGCGCAGAACGAGAGCUGCAACAACUAUUUGCAAAUCCAGAGUUUGGAGAAAAGGUUCGGGAGACAGUAGCUACAGACAAAAUAAAUUGGCAUUUUAUACCUGCCAGGGCACCGCAUUUCGGAGGUUUGUGGGAGGCGGCAGUAAAAGCCAUGAAACGCCACUUGAAGCGUACUAUUGGAAAUGCAUCACUCACAAUUGCAGAAAUGAUAACUGUUUUGAGUCAGAUUGAAGCUAUUCUGAAUUCCAGACCCCUUACGCCAAUGUCGGACGAUCCAAAUGACUUGGAAGUUUUAACGCCUGGACAUUUCCUGAUCGGGAGUGCGAUAACAUCCCUACCACAUCCCGAUAUACAGAAGAUACCAAUAAGCAGGCUUUCCCGAUGGCAGCAUGUCGAGCAAAUACAACAGCGUAUUUGGUCUAGAUGGUCAAAAGAAUAUUUAACCGCGUGCCAGCAACGAACGAAGUGGAAAACUGAUAAUUAG